AUGGACGUAGUUUUCGAGCUCCAAAGAGGAGGAAGAUCAUUCUCCAUCGAAAUAGGUUAUUUCGACACAGUUCAAGAAAUCAAAGAAAAGAUUCAAAAGUACCAAAACAUUCCCGUGUCUCAGCAAACCCUAAUCCUCAACGGCCAAUUCCUCCAAGACAACGACGAUCCAUGGAAGGUCGAGAUCCUUCACAACACAAGCAUUCAGCUUCAACUCUCCUACGACAAGGACGACAAAAAAGAUUCACUUAAUAAUUCUCCACUCACCCAAAUCCACCUCAACAUCAAAACCGGAUCCAAAACGCACCUCGUUCCUCUGGAAGUGGACGUCAACGACACCGUUUCGAGGCUGAAGGAGAAGAUCCGCGAGAUGGAAAACGUCUCGGUGCCUGCUAACAGGUUGCUUUUGCACGCAACAAGUGGUGCAGAGCUGCAUGAUCAUCAGGUGUUGCGAGAUUGUGAUGUUUCCGAGAACAGUGAGAUCGAGGUGAGUUUCAAGCCGUCGCCCACGGUGUCUCCGGCGUCGAAGAAGUUGAAGGUGAUGGUGUUACCUAAAAGUGGUAUGAAGAAAGUUGCAGUGGAGGUGAAUGCGUGCGAUAACGUGGGGGAGUUGAGGAAGGAGUUGCAGAAGUUGCAUCAGAGGGUUCAGUUUCAUUUGCCUCAAGAUGGGUAUUUCUUCAUCUACAAACAGAACGUUAUGGAUGAUGAUAGAUCUUUCCGCUGGCACCAUGUUGUGCAUGGUGACACCAUUGAGAUCUUCAAUGGAAGUGUUACUGGAGGAUCAUGA